CUGUUGGUCCCCACCCCAGAGUCCAAGGGUCUGUGUGGUGAGCAGCUGGGCUGUGCUGGGUACUGUGGGGGGAACAGCCGCCUCAGGCAGCAUGGGCUUCGAGGAGCUGCUGGACCAGGUGGGCGGCUUCGGGCCCUUCCAAUGGCGGACUCUGGUGCUCAUGGCGCUACCUCGGGUGUUGUUGCCCCUGCAUUUCCUCCUGCCUGUCUUCCUGGCUGCCGUCCCCUCCCAUCACUGUGCCCUGCCUGGCAUCCCUGCCAACAUCAGCCACCAGGACCUGUGGCUGGAGGCCCACCUGCCCCGGGAGCCCGACGGCACAUUUAGCUCCUGCUUCCACUUUACCCAACCCCGGGCUCCCCUCAACACCACACUGGUGAGAGAGGCGCAGAGCCCCGGGGAGCUAGAGGACACAGCCUCUACAGUUCCCUGUCCGCAAGGCUGGGAGUACGACAGCUCAGAAUUCUCCUCCACCAUUGCUACAGAGUGGGACCUCGUGUGCGAGCACAGAGGCCUGAACAAGUUGACAUCCACCUUAUUCUUCGUUGGUGUGCUGGUGGGGGCUGUGAUCUUUGGAUACCUGUCCGACAGGUUUGGGCGGCGACGGCUGCUGCUGGUGUCCUAUGUGACCUCCCUGGUGUUCGGCCUGGCAUCUGUAGCCUCAGUCAACUAUGUCAUGUUCGCCAUCACCCGCACAUUAACCGGCAUGGCCCUGGCUGGCUUCACUGUCAUUGUGCUACCGCUGGAGCUGGAGUGGCUGGAUAUGGAGCACCGCAUAGUGGCUGGUGUUCUGAGCUCCAUGUUCUGGUCGGGAGGCGUCAUGCUGCUGGCACUGCUUGGGUACCUGAUACGGGACUGGCGAUGGCUUCUGCUGACUGUCACCCUGCCCUUUGCCCUGGGCAUCAUCAGCAUGUGGUGGGUACCCGAGUCUGCACGCUGGCUUCUGACCCAGGGUCGAGUGCAGGAAGCCCAAAGCUACUUGCUCCGCUGUGCCAGGCUCAAUGGGCACCCUGUGGGCAAGGAUAGCCUGAGUAUUGAGACUCUGAGCAAAGUGGCGGCCACGGAGCAGGCGGUCCGGAAACCCUCCUACCUGGACCUGUUCCGCACCCGGAGGCUGCGACACAUCUCACUGUGCUGCAUGGUGAUGUGGUUCGGGGUGAACUUUCCUUACUACGGUCUCACGCUGGACCUGACGGGUUUCGAGCUGACCGUAUACCAGACGCAGUUCCUCUACGCUGCAAUGGAGGUGCCCUCCAAGCUGCUGGUCUACGUGUUGGUGCGCUACGCGGGUCGCCGACCCACGCAGGUGGGCGCGCUGACGGGCACCGGGCUGACCUUCGGUGUGCGACUGCUGACGUCUUCGGAGGCCAAAUCCUGGCGCACCGCCCUGGCAGUGUUAGGGAAAACUUUUUCUGAAGCCUCCUUCACCACUGCCUACUUGUUUACUUCAGAGCUGUACCCUACUGUGCUCAGGCAGACAGGGUUGGGGCUGACCUCGCUGGUGGGCCGGCUGGGGGGCUCCUUGGCCCCCCUGGCUGCCUUGCUGGAUGGAGUGUGGCUGUCACUGCCUGACAUUGCCUAUGGGGGGAUCGCCCUGCUGGCUGCCUGCACUGCCUUCCUGCUGCCAGAGACAAGGCGGGCAAAGCUCCCGGAGACCAUCCAAGACGUGGAGAGAACAAGUCCCCUGCGUGGUGUUCAGGAGGAAGAGAUGCAGGCCUGGAACUGAGUGGGGCCGGGCACAGCUCUCCACAAGCGGCUCUGCACCGAGGGCUGAGUGCAGAGCAGACUCCUGCAACUCGGGCUGGGGCACAGAACCCCUCUGCCUUGGCUGGAUUUGCCAUGGGAGCCCCUCCCCGUGCUUCUCCAGCCUUAUUAUUCAGCCACCAGCAAUAGGACUACCUCCCCAGAAGCAGUGGUCUGCGAGAGGUCCUGGGCACCUUUCUUGGAGCUGGGGGCUUCUGUGAAUAAAGGUGCCUCUUAGGUGGGGGCAGCAGUGAGGAGCUUAGGGAACAGCCCUGGAUAGGAAGCCAUUGGAUUUGCUCUGGGCUCUAAUUUCCAAAUCUGAGCUUUACCACCAAUUUCCUGUGUGACCUUGGGUGUGUUGCUUUCCUUCUCUGGGCUUCAACUUGCUCAUCUCCGAAAUGACAAUGAUGAAGCAUCUUAGCUUCAUCAGGAUCUUUUUUGCUCCAACUGAACAAGAUGCUUCUUGCAGACGGCGCCGAAGAAGGGACUGUCCCAUGUUGUCCCCUGUACAGAGUUAGGGGCUGCCCAGGGGAACCAAAAGCACAGGCAGGGCAAGCCAGCCCUGCCUCCUCUGAGCCACCCUCCAGGGACCCCCCACUCCCAUCUAAUCCACUGUCUAACCUGGUGCCCGAAGAACUGAGGGCAUGGAAGCCAACAUUUUAUUGGAGAAGCCAGAGAGGCUGGGGCUCAAUAAACAAGUUUGAUAAGUUCUUUUAA